ACAGAUGAUGAUGGGCUUGAUGAUUGCUUACUGAAAUCUCAAGCCAGCACUUGUGUGUGUCUUGAUGUGUGUAGACGUGUCAGUGGAACAGAGCUCCGUUCUGAACGCGGUUUCCAUGGCCGAGGAGCUUCUUACAUCGCUGCGCUGCAGGUCUCCAUACAGCGGCCGUGUAGACUCGGCCCUCUCCUGCCUCAAGACCUUACAGCAGAGACUGCAGCCUCAGAAAUCCCCAGUAGAUGACAGAAGUGGUGACACUCUAAUGGCCGAUGCUGUUCAGGAUGUAGCUCCGCCUCUGCAUGCUUCUCAUCAGGAAGUGUGGGCUUUGUUCGAGAGCAUCUGGAACAAUGUGUGCCAUGUCAGCUCGGCUGUGUUCUCAGCACUGCACUUUUCUCCAGGCUCAGCGGGUUCAGUAGAGCCACGCUCCACGCCGCCUCCCCAGGAUGGCCUCAGCUGCCUCCACAGGCUCAAUACUGCUCUUGAGCAGCUGCUGGAGGCCUUUCAGAGAUCGCUUCCAUGGAACCACACUUCACUGCCAAGGACCUGUUUGAGUGCCUCUCUCACCAGGAGUACAGGUUACUUACGGAGAAGCUCUGUAUAGGAGGAGCGCAGCUGAUGGAACUGAGAGAGAACCUGCACCGCUGUGCAGCCGCUGUGUGCGGUACGAAUACCUACCAUCAGCAAACGGCUUCGCACUGACAACAACGUAAUCACGUCGCAGUUGAUCUGGCCCAGCCAGGUACUUAUUAUUCAGCUGGCUAAUACUGAAUACUAAUUCAAUAUUUACAUGCGAGAUGUGAACCAAAACCUCAUGAUCUGAUGGCAUACUUCUGGUUAUGUUCGUUUGGGUACUUGAGGACCAGAUUUUAGCAUUAAAUCUGAUCUCUACACCUAAUGAAUGCUGUUAGUUGUGUAUGAGCUAGUAAAUUGCAGAAAAAUUGGUUUCUCAUUUUAGAUAUUGUUUGGGGGUUUUUUUUCCCCCCCCAAAGUAUACGACCAUUCUGCUGUGAAUGCAGGAUGUUUUUUGGUUGUUUAAAUGUUUUUGUCAAUAGGCUCAGGAACCUACCUCAGAAUAAAUAAGGUGCUGAAUACAGCCAUGUCUAGAGCCUAAAAACCUUAAACUUGGCCAAUAAUAAUUAAUUAUCCAAAUCUACUGGGGAACAUUCAUUCAUUCAUUCAUUCAUUCUUUUAUGUUGCCUGGUGAGCGUUUAGCAUUUGUUGAGAACGGGUUAUUUUUUAUGACAAAUGCAUUUUAUAUUGAUUUAAAAAACGCUGUCAGUAAAUAUAUAUUUAUUCCUGAGUCAUUUGUGUCAUGUCAUGUCACGUUCUUGGCGUUUCCGUACCCCUUCCGUUUGAGGAAGUUAUUAUUGCCGGUCAUUGGCGACUCAGACACCGCACUGCCAACUCUAAAAGGAUCAGGACGGGAAGCGGAAGACGACACCGACUCUCGUUAACACAGUUAAGAUCUCUGACACAACUGCAAGUCGAGGUCAUGACAGGAUUUGGCUUUGUGUGUUUUGUUGUAGGCAGAUCGCACUCAGAGCAAGAGUCGGGCAAUGAAAGACCUUGAACUGUAAAGUUUCGAAUGUAAAUAACGUGAGUGACUGUAUGGGUUUACAGUGUAAAUUCAGAACUUAGAAACUCUAUCAAAAAUGUCUGCCUGA